CUCACAUUGACAUAUGAUUGCAUGAAGUAGCCUAAGGUUGCUUAAAGGGCACCAUGGCUCUCAGUGGACUUACUUGUGAGUAAACAUACCUCAGCUCACGCUGCCCAACUCUGAUGCACACACUUUGCCAUUUAUUUGCUUUCACAUUGCAAUAUAUUUUCCCUUCCUGUCUUUGGUUUUUUUUUGUUUUUUUUUUACAUUUUGCUUGAAAUUCUGUUGGAAAGGGAGACCUCUUCGUUUCUCUUUUGCCAGCUUCCUUGCCGUUCUCUCCUUAGCGACAGUCUACCACUGGGAAAUCAGAGUCAGGACAAACAAAGGAGCAUUUAUCCGGGAUUUUCUUCCAGCCCUCCUUCCCUGCAGCAUCUCCCUUUAGCUUGCUUCAACAUCUGAAAAGACACAACAGGCAAGGAGGCAAGAAAAAGAAGCAAACAAAUAAGGUAUGUCUCUUCCCUGCCCUGUGCAAAUGAUCCUAGUUAAUUAGUUUUCUCUGGAGUAGUUCUAAGAGCUAAAACUAAAGCCACGUGCGUUGAACCCAGGCAAGCCGAAAACAUCCCAAGGUGGAGGUGACCUGCACCUCAGGCGGUGGUGGAUAUGAAGAGGUAUUAAUUUGCUUAACAGCCUUGACUAAGUAGCUGAGGAAAGGCAAUCUCUUUUCUUUGUUAUGAAUCCAAGAGAGAGAGCUUAAAAAUACAGGGUAUGGAAUACUACAGAGCAGUGCUGGGAAAUUCUGAUGUGUUUAAUAUAGUGAAUGUCAGCAACAAAUGCAUUCAUUGAACUAGAAUAUCUGAAAAUUAUGUGUUUGCCAAGGCAGACAGUACCACUAUGUGUGAUGUGAGCAGAGCAGCGAAUCCACCAAGAAGAGAUUCCAUGAAUUGACUCUUUGUGAAAACAGACCAUCAAUUCCAUGAUUCUUUAGAGGCACUAGGGUUGUUGUUGUUUUACAUUAAACCCCCAUUUAAUUUCUCCAAAGAAACCAGAAUGUACAUGGAUAUUCUUAUUUGUCAUCUUCAUACCCAUUCUUCGCUCCAUAAUAAUAAUUUCCAGCACUGCUCUGUAGUAUUGCAUACCCUGUAUUUUUAAUCUCUAUUGGAUUCAUAAGUGGACACACACAUAUGAGAGGAGAGAGAGAGAGAGAGGAUAGCCUGCCUGCUUGAACCACAGCAGUACCAAAAAUGAUUAGCACACCUUUCUGAUUCCAAGAAAAUAGAUGGGUGUAAUUCACAUCACCUCACUUACUAGAGAAGCCUGAAAAUAAGACACAAGUGACAAGAUGUGCACUUCAGCAUUGUCAAUGGGCUUCCAUAGUAGCUAGAAUGUGGAUAUUUGGUCCACAGAGUCCAAGUCACCUUUAUUACUAGGAAAUAGAACCUUUUUGACAUGAAACAGUUAAAACUCAGGAUAUGAAAUACACCUCUGAACACAGACCAGUACUCCAGCAGAGAGGGAGACAAGGGAGCUUGGGCAGUAAGAUGGGAGGCAAAAGACACUGGAAAAAUAGAGGGCAGUUUUCCAUUGUCCAAAUUCCCACAAUUAAGGAAUUUACAGGUAAGUUGUAUUCUUUUCCUAAAACUUUUUCUUCUUCUUCUGUUACUUUGCUGUCAUUUCUUAUCAGGGUCAUUCCAAAAAGCCCUAAGAAUAGACUAACUUCUCUGUGUCUGCUUCUCAUGCUUUUAUCCAUCACCAUAAUCCACUUUCACAUUAAUCUGUGAUUUUGAAAAAUAUUUCCUAAAACUACAUAUUUAAAUACAUUAAUAAAUGUGUGUUAACUCAAAGCAUAUAUUCAGAUCUCUCUUUUGAAACAUUUAAAAUGCUGAAAAUGUGUAACAAAGGGCAAAAUCUGUUAAGACUGCCUAUCUUAGAUUAUGUGCACAUCUGAUAAGAGAAAUUAGGUUGCUUUUGUACAGGAUCAAAUUCUUCUAACAGAUGGAGUCUAACCUUGAACAGAAAGGAGCCUUGAAAACACUGCACAGGGAGUGUGUUUUUGAAGACAUCAUUUGGGUAGUGUAUCAUCCAUCAUACUCAGCAAUUUAAAGCAGUAGUGUUGUACCUUGGUUGAUGAAAGCCUUGCAAGUCGAACGUUUUGGCUUCUGAAUGCCACAAAAACCAGAAGUGAGUGUUCCAGUUUGCGAAUGUUCUUUGGAACCCAAAUGUCUGAAGCGGCUUCCGCUUGGCUGCAGGAGCGUCCUUCAGCCAACUGGAAGCGGUGCCUUGGUUUCCGAACAUUUUGGAAGUUGAACAGACUUCCGGAACAGAUUCUGUUCGACUUCUGAGGUACCAAUGUGGUGUCAAUUAAUGCUCCCUUAAUAAGUUUAUAGUACAAACCAUAUCAUAUUGUUUAGAGCAGGCAUCCCCAAACUCGGCCCUCCAGAAGUUUGGGGACCACAAUUCCCGUCAUCCCUGACCACUGGUCCUGUUAGCUAGAGAUGAUGGGAGUUGUAGUCCCAAAACAUCUGAAGAGCCAAGUUUGGGGAUGCCUGGUUUAGAGCAUAAAAGCAAUAGGUCCUCUGCACACACACUUUCACCUCAGGCCUCAGAAAAUAUGCUGGGAUACCAAGAGGUAAGGUCAGCAGUAAACACUUCAAUAUCUUAUUUGGGACCUUAUUUGGUACAUUAUUUGGACUUUAAGUACAUCAAAAAGCCUCCUUAGUUCUAAUCCACACAAUAGCUGAAGACACAUUUUAGGAUUUACUGUUUUUUAAAAGUGGCAACACCAUGUCAUCACCAUCUUAAAUACUGUAAACGAUACAACAAUAAAUACACUUGGAACAUAGACAAGAUUUACGGUACUUAUUGUGUUGACUGAGGGAUCAAAGUGCUGGAGAGACCCUGAGUUACAUCUAUACCAUCAGGGAUAGCUACAAUGGCUUAAAAAGUUUCUAUCUGGUUCAAAUCCUGUGCUGAUUGAAGUCAAAGAUGGGCAUCAGCCUGGAAACAGGAGGGCUGACUAGCAGCUAGGGAAAAGAGUGGCUCAGGAAUAUUGGCUUCAGCACAACACAGUGGCCUGCAUAGCUCUGUUAAAUCCCAUUGCUAUGGUUAAAGUUAUUUUUUAAAACACCCUCUGCUUCUGGCAGAUAUGACAAUCUGGGUCAGAAUGAGAAUCUGGAAUGAUCUAGCAAUGAUUUGUGCCUUAGCAACACAUUUUCCAGUUUCAUCAUCUGUUUCUGCAAGUCUCAGAACAUUUUCUGAAACAGCCUGCUGAAACUGUAGAUUCAAUUUAACAUGUUCACAUAAUUUCACUGGUUUUUUUCUGCCAAACUUAAUCUACAGGAGGGCGACACCUUGCAAAGACCAUCACAACACUGUGGAAUUGCUAAUUCCAGAACUCUGGAUGAGAUACUUCUAGGAAGAAAGUUCCAUCCAUUUCAGUUUUCUUUGUUUCUUGUGUUUCCAAUCUUAAAUUCAGUUCUUUACAUUUUUGCAGAAAAUUAACCAGCAUUUUAAUGUGAAUUUUUCCUAGUUUUUGUACGCCAUUUUCACAAAUGUGCCCAUUUCUGCGAGCAAUUUUCCCUAGUAUGCAUUUCUGUAUGUUAUUUUCACUAAUAUAUGCAUUCAUAUGCACACAUUCCCCUAACAUAUGCAUAUUUGUAAACAUUGCUUAGGGAACUGCGUUGCGGACUUUGGGCAAGUGUGAAUUUCGUAGGAUGACUGUGAUUCAGUUCUCAUAUCCUUUAAAAAAUGACAAUUUGGUAAGAUUUGGCUUUAAAUGCAAAUGGAAUCAAACUUCUCCUAUCCAUGGAUAGUGGAAAAACAGGGCUAAAGGGAUGAAUUUGAUAAAGACUGAUUUUAUGUCGGCACCCAGCUAAGCGCCUUUUCUUUUCUCUCACUAGCACUAUUCGUAAACUCUUGCCAGGAUAGCACAAAAAUGACGAUGCUCUCCACUCUUCUGUUUCUGAGCUUUCUGCUUGGGACCAGCCCAACACCAUCUGGCCGCCUCUCCUGUUACAGGAAAAUAUUAAAAGACCACAACUGUCACAGCGUCCCAGAGGGAGUGGCCAGCCUUCGUCCAAUUGACGGGCUUCUUCAAGAUCACUUCUGGGAGGGAAAGGGCUGUGAGAUGGUCUGCUAUUGUAAUUUUAAUGAAUUGCUCUGCUGCCCAAAGUAAGUAACUUCUUUGACUCUUGCUUUCUUUUCUUUGCAAGGAGAGAUAAUAAAUAAUAAUAAUAAUAAUAAUAAUAAUAAUAAUAGUUUAUUAUUUAUACCCCGUCCAUCUGGCUGGGUUUCCUCAGCCACUCUGGGCAGCUUUCAACAAAAUAUUAAAAUACAGUAGUCCAUCAAACAUUAAAAGCUUCCCUAAACAGGGCUGCCUUCAAAUGUCUCAUAAAAGUCUGGUAGUUGUUGUUCUCUUUGACAUCUGGUGGGAGGGCGUUCCACAGGGCGGGUGCCACUACUGAGAAGGCCCUCUGCUGGGUGACCUUGGGCUAGUCACACUUCUUUGAAGUCUCUCAGCCCCACUCACCUCACAGAGUGUGCGGGAGGAAGGGAAAGGAGAAUGUUAGCCGCUUUCAGACUCCUUUGGGUAGUGAUAAAGCAGGAUAUCAAAUCCAAACUCUUCUUCUUCUUCCCUGUAACUUGGGCUUUUUGCAGUGAGGGAACCGCCAGAAGGCCCUUGGCGCUGGACCUCAGUGUCCAGGCUGAACGAUGGGGGUUGAGACGCUCCUUCAGGUAUACAGGACUGAGGCCAUUUAGGGCUUUAAAGGUCAGCACCAACACUUUGAAUUGUGCUCGGAAACCUACUGGGAGCCAAUGUAGGUCUUUCAAGACCGGUGUUAUGUGGUCUUGGCGGCUGCUCCCAGUCACCAGUCUAGCUGCCGUAUUCUGGAUUAGUUGUAGUUCCCGGGUCACCUUCAAAGGUAGCCCCACAUAGAGCGCAUUGCAGUAGUCCAAGCGAGAGAUAACUAAAGCAUGCACCACUCUGGUGAGGCAGUCAAACAAAACUAAAGUGUAUAGUUAUACAUGUUUAAUGAUGUGACCAAGUCCCACUGAACUCAACGGGGCUUACUUGCGACUUGAUAUGCAUAGGAUUGCAUAGUGUCAUUGAAAUCAAAAGCAGAAACCCCUCCAUCUAUUAUUACCUAACAUCCCAAAUGAUAACAAGAAAAAUGAGCCUGUUUCAAAGCUUCAGUACCAAAAUAUUACAUAGGAGUGCUAUGGUCCGAAGGCAUGGCACAGGGAUCUUGCCAAAAGUAAGCAACCUUGGUCAGGUCAGAACCUGGAUGUACACUGUCCAAGGGAGGCACUGUAGCUCAGUGGUCAAGCAUCUGCUUUGCAUGCAAAAGAUCCCCAGUGACUUCAGGUAGGGCUGGGAAUAUUCCCUGCCUGAAACCAGAGCCACUGCCAGUCUGUUUAGACAAUAUGGAAGUAGACAGACCAAUGGUCUGACUUGGUAUGUUAAGUUUCAUGAUGGGUCAUUCUUAAUUUUAUUUUUAUUUAUUAGAUUUAUAUACCACACUUCGUUGCAAGAUCCCAGCGUGGAUUCUGACUUCUGUUUUAGACCACCACCACUCUUUUUCCUUACCUAAUCAACAUUCAGCCUUACCUAAGGCUAGAUAACAAUAUGUAAGCCCAUUUAAGUCUUUGGUGUAACACAAACUAUAGGACAUACGGCCACUGAUCCAAUAGGUGUGUCCACUUGUUUAUCAUGGAAUUUGGGGUAGAAACAGUCGUUCUGAGGACAGCACUGGUUAUUACAAGUGCACCUCUGUUGCUGCUAAUUUCAAAGAUGAGCAGCAUAGGCAAGAUGGACAAAGGGAGGGGGUGGUAUUUUGGAGGUAGCAGUGUGUGUACCGAGGUGGUGGCAGUAUGGUAACUGGAACACACAACACCAUGAAAUCAGGUUAUAUGGAAUAAGUAACAGGUAGGUUCGGGAGCUAGAUGCUUCACAUUUUCCCUUUUCCAGUAGUUCCUUUCAACUCUAUUCUGUUUAUCUGGCAGAAAUCCCAACAUAACCAUGCAGAACAUUGUGCUGUUGGGGAGGAAAGUAAAUGGGCUUGAUAUUUAGAAAUUGGUCAAUAACCCUCAUUUCCAGAGACAUUAGGAAUUCAGAUAAACUGAGCUCUUUAAGCUCUAUCUAAUUCAGGGAUGGGGAGCCUGUGGCUGUCCAGCUGUUGUUGGACUACAGUUCUCCUCAACCACCUGCCAGCAUGGUCAAUUAACAAGUAUGAUGGGAAUUACUGUCCUGCAAAAUCUGGGGGGCCACAAUUUUUACAUCUCGGUGUAAUUCAUAGGCCAUACAGAGACAGUGGCCAAUAAAACUAAGCAUAAUUGGUAUACAAACAAAGAACAAAAAAUGGUUUGCAAUAAAAAAGGAAAAAAGAACUUAGCAGUGUUCUUUUAAUGAAACAAGUGUUUGAAUACUAAUGGAGCUUAUUCUGAAGCACCACUGCUUUUAACGGGGCAUUUUUAAGUAAGUAUAUUUUAGGACCCAUAUAUUAUUAAAACCUCACAUGUGGUCCUGAGCCUUUUAACCUAAAGUUCAGGUAGAAGCCUGGGUAAUUUGCAUUUAAUGAAAUGAUUUGCCUCCAGUUUCAGUAGGGAAAUUGAAAGACCACCUGGAAACUUCAAUUGGUCCAAAAUGUGGCUGCCUGAUUACUAUUGUCACCUCUCUCUUGUAAGAUCUGCAUUGCUUACUUACUUAUUUCCUGACUCAAGUAUGGGUUCUAACCUUUAAAUCCCUAAAUGGCUUAAAGUCAGGUUACCCGGAAGACUACCUACUCCCACAAGAGUCUGGCCAGAAGUUAAGGUCAGCAUUAGUAGCUCAUUCCUUCUUUACAUGGAAUUAGACUAGUAGGAGGAACUCAAGACAGAGCUUUUUAAAUGGAAUGAUCACUGAAUUGUGGGAAUACACUCCCCAUGGAGACCUACUAAGCUCCUUCCCUUUUAGUCUUCAGAGAGUUGCCGAGAACUUUUAUUAUUAUUAUUUCCAACUUCCUUUUUACAUUUAGUUGCCUGCUUCUAAUUUGAUUGCUGGCUUUAUAAAGUGUCUGCUUUUAUGGUUGUUUAGUCUGUCUUUCAUUUAUUGUGUUUUCAUUAUUCUUGUAAGCCACUUUGCAUAUUUAAGAAACACAAGAAGAAUGAAAGUAUAAUACCUAUAGCAUACUUCCCGAUUUGAAUUUCUGCCAAUUUCUUUCAGGGGUAUCUUUUUUGGGCCAAAAAUAUCAUUUGUGAUUCCCUGCAACAAGCCAUGAAGAAACAUUGCAUUUGAGAAAGGACGGCAAAUGCAGGACUUAGUUUAUGAAGACUGGAUUAAGCUCAUGUGGUCAUCAGGUCUAAAGAAGAUGGAAUUUGAAUGCCAUACGGAAGCUACUGUAACCACCAACCAUUUUUUUAGGCAUUCAGUGUUUUGUUUAAACAAGACUAACAGCCCCACUAUGUUUACCACUCAUUGAAUGGGCAUUACCUCCAAGGAAGUAGACUUUAGGGACUGUAAAAUUAAAGUUAAUAAAACCCCACAUGUAGCAGAGCUCUCAAAUCUAAUUUGAUAGUGAUGUUGAUGUUCAUUGACCUGACCUAAGUAACACAGCACAGAAGAUACACUUCUUAGGGCUGCUUGGCUGGGAUUGUCUUAAUAACAAAGACUAAAUUAACUAAGACUAAGCUAAAGUGUUUCAUAUG